AUGUUGUAUUAGUUUAUUUAAGAUUUUAUACCUAUAGAAUUUUCUCGUCAUCGAUACUUUUACAACUAACGCGAAACUGCUUCAUAGCCAGCUUUUAAUAACAUACGAACUUGUGUGUUGAAGUGACGUGAACUACCAUAAACAUUCGUUUAGUCUCUGAACCGUGUUAGCGUGCGUAACUGUUUGGUGUAAAUCCGUUUGAUAUGUGCAUUCAGUAGUAAUUAUUUUGAAGAGAUGGCUAGCCCGUCACCUCAAAGCAGUCCGAUGCCGCCACCGCAGGCACCUAGCCCUAUGGGACCGCCGACUCAGAGCCCGGCACCGCCACAGUCUCCGCAUAGCCCCUACAACCAACAACAUGUCAAUGGACCGCCCCCGUCUCACCCUCCUGGCGCCGGACAGCCGCCGAUGCCUAAUCAUAUGUCACCAUCAGGUCCACCGCAUUCUAUAGCAUCAAAUUCUAAUGGACCUCCUGGUGUACCUCAGCAGCAUUCUGGAAUGCCACCGACUGGACAUCAGAUGCCUCCUCACAUGGUUGGCCCACAUAUGCCAGGGCCACCCGGCCAUCCGAUUGGUCCUGGAGGAGCUCACCCACCUGGGCCCAAUGGCCACCCUGGAGCACCACAACAUCCAAUUAUGCCUGGACAAGGUCCACCUCAUGGGUACAUGCAACACCAAAUUGGCCAUAUGCCACCCGGGCAGGCACCAAUGCCAAUGGGCGGAGGACCACCUCCUGGUAAUGGCCCGCAGGGUCCGCCUGGAGCUCCAGGCGUACCUUUGCCUCUAUCGGGCCCACCGCCGCACGGAGUACAUCCGCAGGGAAUGCCGCCUGCCACUCCAGGUCACAUGUCUUCGCACCAUCCGAUGAUGCCAGGUCAAGGCCCUCCACCGCACGCUGCUUCACCUGGUUACGGUCACGUUCCUCCUUCCGGAGCUGCUGGAGGCCCUGCAGCGUCCCCCUCUGGAGCUCCGCCUAGUGCUCCGCCUCAGGGUGGUGCUCCUCCACAUCCUCCAGCUGCUCAGACACCUCCGCACGGACAACCACCACCAACUUCAUCGGCUAACGGCCCUCCUCCAGCGUCAUCUCCAAUGCAGGGUUCACUACCAGCCCCCGGCCCUGAUAACCUGCACGCCAUUCAACGAACUAUCGACUCUAUGGAGGAGAAAGGCCUCCAAGAAGAUCCAAGAUUUUCGCAGUUGUUAGCACUGCGAGCACGGUCAAACCCUGGCCAGGACCCUAGCAAGGGAUUGUUUAGCAACAAUCAGCUCUGCCAGCUCAAGGCUCAAAUAACAGCAUACCGAAGCCUUGCAAGAAAUCAGCCACUGUCGCAGCAGAUAGCCAUGAUGGCGUCCGGCAAGCGCACAGGCGAGACGCCGCCAGAGUGCCCAACUCCGCCAGCUCAGCCCCCUUACGGUGAGGGGCAGGGCGCACCCCCUAGUUCUGCGGCUGGGCUCGGCGGGCUCAGCGCCACGGGUGGCAAGGCGGGGGCCGGCGGCGCAGCUGGAGACGCAGCCCGCGGCGGCGGUGGGGCUCCUCCCACACCGCUUCCUAUGACCGGGCAGAUGGCACCUCCAACACAACUAACUCCACCUUUAGUAAAUCCUCCUGUAAGUGGGGGACCACCUUUACGUGGACCGGCACCACUGCGUCCACAAGCUCCAGGCACGCAGCCUCAACAUCAGCCAGGGGUACCAAUACCAGGAACUAAGCAAAAUCGUAUCACCAGCAUGCCCAAACCUGUGGGCAUUGAUCCUCUACAGAUUUUAAAUGAACGAGAAAAUAGGAUUGCUGCACGCAUCGCCCAUCGCAUCGAAUUGCUUUCUAACCUGCCAGCCAAUAUGCCCGAUGAUCUCCGUCUGCAAGCACAAAUUGAGCUCAGGGCUCUUCGAGUGCUCAACUUCCAGAAACAAUUACGUUCUGAGAUUCUGGGUCAAGUCCGUCGCGAUACGACAUUAGAAACAGCAGUGAACAUCAAAGCGUAUAAGCGUACGAAGCGACAAGGUCUGCGAGAAGCUCGAGCGACAGAAAAGUUGGAGAAACAACAGAAACUGGAGGCAGAGCGGAAACGGCGACAGAAACACCAAGAGUUCUUGCAGACUGUACUACAACAUGCCAAGGACUUUAAGGAAUACCAUCGUAACAACAUAGCGAAGCUGUCGCGUAUGAACAAGGCUAUCAUGAACCACCAUGCUAAUGCCGAGCGGGAACAGAAGAAGGAACAGGAGCGUAUUGAAAAAGAACGUAUGAGACGUUUGAUGGCGGAAGAUGAAGAGGGAUAUCGAAAACUUAUCGAUCAGAAGAAAGACAAGCGCUUGGCAUUCCUUCUGUCGCAGACCGAUGAGUACAUUGCCAGCCUUACGGAGAUGGUUAAGCAACAUAAGCAGGAGCAACGUAAAAAACAACAGGAAGAAGAGCGUAGGAAAAGGAAAUCGAGAAAAAAGAAGUUGCUGGAAGGUGGCGAGAUCGAUGCAUUGGAUGACAGCUCGCAAACAUCAGACUCGCGCGUUAACGUAAUGGACCCUAAAACUGGCGAGAUAUUGAGGGGAGAAGAAGCGCCAUUGUUAUCUCAGCUGAAGGACUGGAUGGAGACUCAUCCAGGCUGGGAGGUGAUGUCUGACUCUGAGGACUCUGGAGAUGACAGCCAAGACGAUGAUGAAAAGAGAAAAGGACACAGAGAUGAGAGAAGUGACAAAGAAAAGACUGAAGAAGAGAAAGCGCGGGAAAUGAUCAAGAAGGCAAAGGUCGAAGACGAUGAAUAUAAGACAGAAGAACAGACUUAUUACAGCAUUGCACACACAGUCCACGAGUCUGUUACUGAACAAGCCAACAUCCUUGUUAACGGAAAACUUAAGGAAUAUCAAAUCAAGGGUCUGGAGUGGCUGGUAUCUUUGUUCAAUAAUAAUCUGAACGGCAUUUUAGCAGACGAGAUGGGCCUGGGUAAGACCAUCCAAACUAUAGCAUUGGUCACGUAUCUGAUGGAGAAGAAAAAAGUUAAUGGACCUUUCCUCAUUAUUGUACCAUUGAGUACUCUAUCUAAUUGGGUGUUGGAGUUUGAAAAGUGGGCGCCGACGGUGUCAGUGGUGUCCUACAAGGGAUCUCCUCAAUCGCGUCGCCUUGUACAAGCACAAAUGAGAUCUACUAAAUUCAAUGUACUGCUUACGACUUAUGAAUAUGUUAUCAAGGAUAAGGCUGUACUGGCUAAGGUACAAUGGAAGUAUAUGAUAAUCGACGAGGGUCAUCGUAUGAAAAACCAUCAUUGCAAACUGACACAAGUAUUGAACACGCACUAUAUAGCACCGCACCGCUUACUUCUGACCGGUACCCCGCUACAGAACAAGUUGCCGGAAUUGUGGGCGCUGUUGAACUUCUUGCUUCCCUCAAUCUUCAAGAGUUGCUCUACAUUCGAACAGUGGUUCAACGCGCCUUUUGCUACCACUGGUGAAAAGGUUGAACUAAACGAGGAAGAAACAAUCCUUAUCAUCCGUCGUCUGCACAAAGUGCUGCGCCCCUUCUUGCUGCGUAGGCUCAAAAAAGAAGUGGAGAGCCAACUGCCUGACAAGGUGGAAUACAUUAUCAAGUGUGACAUGAGUGGGCUACAACGAGUUUUGUACAAACAUAUGCAGUCGAAGGGAGUGCUGUUGACUGAUGGCUCAGAGAAGGGCAACAAAGGUAAAGGCGGUGCUAAAGCGCUAAUGAACACCAUCGUACAGCUGCGCAAGCUUUGCAACCACCCAUUCAUGUUCCAACACAUUGAGGAGAAGUUCUGUGACCAUAUUGGUACAGGUGGUGGUGUGGUCUCAGGGCCGGACCUAUACCGAGUAUCUGGUAAAUUCGAACUUCUUGAUCGUAUAUUACCAAAGUUGAAAGCCACUGGACACAGAGUUCUAGUGUUUUGUCAAAUGACCCAGUGCAUGACUAUCAUUGAAGACUAUCUCUCCUGGAGAGCUUUCCAAUAUUUGAGAUUGGAUGGUAUGACAAAAGCUGAGGAUCGUGGCGAACUGCUUAAGAAGUUUAACGACGUGGGCUCAGAUUAUUUCAUCUUCUUGCUUUCGACCCGCGCCGGUGGUCUCGGUCUCAAUCUGCAGAGUGCUGACACCGUUAUCAUAUUCGACUCCGACUGGAAUCCACAUCAGGAUCUCCAAGCGCAAGAUCGUGCCCAUCGUAUCGGACAACGUAACGAAGUGCGAGUCCUUAGAUUGAUGACUGUCAACUCAGUAGAGGAAAGAAUUCUGGCAGCAGCUAGGUACAAAUUAAACAUGGACGAGAAAGUCAUUCAAGCUGGUAUGUUCGAUCAGAAGUCGACAGGCUCUGAGCGUCAACAGUUCCUUCAGAGCAUUUUGCACCAAGAUGGAGAUGAUGAAGAGGAGGAGAAUGAACUCCCCGAUGAUGAUUUAAUCAAUGAGAUGAUAGCAAGGUCCGAGGAAGAGUUGGAAAUUUUCAAGCAGAUUGACAUUGAGCGUAAAAAGAAUGAAACACAAUCUCGACUUAUUGAGGAGUCCGAGUUACCUGAUUGGCUCGUUAAAAAUGAAGACGAAGUUGUUUGCAAUAAGGGGCAAGGCUGGAACUAUCUAGACGAAGACGAGACGCUAGGGCGUGGUUCACGACAACGCAAGGAAGUGGACUAUACAGACUCGCUUACGGAGAAGGAGUGGCUAAAGGCCAUUGAUGAUGAAUUUGAAGAGGAAGAAGAAGAAGAUGACGACGAUGAAGUUCUUGACAAGAAACGGAAGAAAGGACGUAAACGACGCCGUCCAGAGGAAUCUGAUGAAGAAGAGGCACCGAGUUCCUCAAAAAAGAAGAGUAAGACGGAAAUUAACCAAACAAAGAAACGAUUGAAGAUUAUUAUGAAGAAAGUUAUAGAUUAUACAGCUAAAGAUGACGGCCGUGUUUUAUCUGAGCCAUUCAUGAAGCUUCCGUCACGCCGCGAAUUGCCAGAUUACUAUGAUAUUAUCAAGAAACCUUUAGACAUUAAAAAAAUCAUGAACAGAAUCGAAGAUGGCAAGUAUAAUGAUAUAUCGGAUCUCGAACGUGAUUUCUUCACGUUGUGCGCUAACGCUCAGACAUACAACGAGGAGCAGUCCUUGAUAUACGCGGACUCAGUGCGUCUUCGCAACGCAUUUAUUGAAAUACGGCGUCGCUAUGAGAGCGGACAAAAUUCUGACGACUCUGAUGAUAAUGAUAAAGAUGAUGAAGAUUCGGAUGGAGAAUCUAACCGCUCUGUCAAAAUGAAGAUCAAGUUGAAGGGCAAAAGCAAAAGCACACCAUCGAGGAAGCGGAAACCACGAAAGUGUGUCUCAGAGGACGAAGAUUAUGAGGAGGAUUAAACUCAACUCAUUGCCCUUCUAGUAACUAACAAACACUUGAUCAAUCAUGUUAGGAAAUAUUUAAUAAGCCAAAUUAAAUUCAUAGAUUUACUAAUAGACAAGAUUCAACUAUAUUGCUUGAUGUAAUGGAAUAAUUAUCAGUUGACAUUAUUAUUGACAUUUAAAAUGUUAUUCUUCCAAAAAUGAUUUCUUGUAUAAUAAAUUAUCUCAUCUAUUUAAAAAAUAAUACAUGUUUACUUCAGUUAACAGAAGGGAGUUAGGAUAUUUCAAGUAGUUGCACUUAUGGUAACUAUUUGUUAGUAAUUAGUAAGUAGUUAGUAGUAAUAGUAAUGAAAUAUUGUGGUGUCCCAAAAACACACGAAGAAGGUACUGGUGCUUGCAUGUGGCGUUUUCUGGGACUAACUUAAAGUAUACCUACAGUUAAGGAUAAAAUGUACUUUUACAAUAUUCUUAUUUCUUUAUCAACUUUGAAUAGCUAAAUAUUAAUAAAAACCAGGUCAAAUAACAGACUUAUAUUUGCCUGAAUGGGCCAAAUACCUGGGAUAUUCGUUUUCACAAAUUAUAUUAUGACAUUGAACAUGAAAGCUUUCUAAAAUAUUAUUUAUAGUAAGACUUGAAUUGUUUGACAUGGAUUUUUAUUCUCUAGACAUCAAAACAAUGUUUGGAAUUUAGGUAUUUAGGGUAGCAUACUAGGAUUUAUGUAUGUGCUUU